UGUAGGAUGAAAGACGAGAGACCACGGGACAACCCUUUUAUGAUUGACGCCAAGCCACUCGGUACGAUUAACGACAUUCAACUGAUCGGAGGCGGAGAUGGCCGUCGACUGGUGACUCAACUCUCAAGGCAGAGGUCGGAGGAUACAGUCCUCCUCCUGUCUAUGCAGAGGCGGAAUGAGAGAAUGGUUCAACCAAUUGGCUAGGCAGAUUGAAGCCAUGUUCUGAUAAUGGAACCAACUGUUGGGACUCAAAUGACCUUCAACCUCCUAAAGGUCUAUGUCUUGAAAAACUUGGAAACAGUUCCUAUGUCCACAUGGCUCCACACCCUGAUGGCUCAAACCGAGUUUUUGUGUGCAACCAACAAGGUAAGAUAUGGUUAGCCAUGGUUCCUGAAGUGAAUGGUGGUUCCACUUUCACCCAAAGUUUACUGAUAGACGAAUCAGACCCUUUUCUUGAUUUAAGUGAUCAAGUGCAAUUCGCAACAGAAAUGGGACUCAUGAGCAUGGCAUUCCAUCCAAACUUCACCACUAAUGGCAGAUUCUUUGUUGCUUAUAACUGUGAUAAGUUUCAACAACCUGGAUGUGAAGGCAGAUGUUCAUGUAAUACAGAUGUAAAUUGUGAUCCUUCAAAAGUCACAUCUCUUCAAGAAACUUCCCCUUGCCAGUUUCACAUUGUAGUUUCAGAGUUCACUACAAAUGGCACCACCGCUUCUUCAAAACUUUCAUGGAAGGGGCGUGUGAAUUCAGUUGAGGUGAGGAGGAUUUUCACAAUGGGGCUUCCAUUUGAAGCAUAUCAUGCUGGGCAGAUUCUGUUUGGCCCUGAUGAUGGAUUUUUGUAUUUCAUGAUUGGUGAUGCUUCACAUGAUAAUGAUCCAUACAAUUUUGCACAAAACAAAAAAUCAUUACUUGGAAAGAUACUGAGGCUCGACAUUGAUAUCAUACCAAGUGAAGAAGAAAUAAGCAGGCUUGGUUUAUGGGGAAACUAUUCAAUACCAAAAGACAAUCCAUACACUACCACAGAUAAAGAACUUGGGCCUGAAAUUUGGGCCAUGGGUUUUAGUAACCCGUGGAGGUGCAGUUUUGAUUCAGAAAGAGCUUCUGUUUUCAUAUGUGGAGACAUUGGGAAGAAUCAAUACGAAGAGAUUGAUGUAAUCAAGAAAGGUGGGAAUUACGGGUGGCGUGUUUACGAGGGUCCGGAUCCAGUACAUCUACCCUAUGCUCCUGGAGGGUACACCCCACCAAGCUCCAUAACUCCUAUAUUUCCUGUAGCAGGAUAUGGUCAUGAUAGUGUUGAUACAAAGAAAGGUCCUGCUUCAAUUAUGGCUGGCUAUAUUUACCGUUCUGCCACUGAUCCAUGCUUGUAUGGCUGGUAUAUAUACUCGGAUUUGUAUAAUUAUGCUAUAUGGGCAGCCAUUGAAACGGCUAAAAACAGUGAUAAUUUCAAGAGUUUUAGUGUUGCUUUUGGGUGUGCCCAUGACUCACCCAUGCAAUGUGGGUUCAAGCCAGGGGUGCACAAGGUUCCUGAUUUGGGAGUUGCAGCCCCGAGUCGAUGUGGCUACCCUUGCUCCAAGGAAAAAUAUUCAAAUUUGACGAAAAUGCCCUCAUCUGGAACCUCAGAUUUAGUACCAUCUUUCGUCUCUCUUAUGGUGUUUGUUUUUUUAUUGAUUUCUUGA